GCGGGAGCUUCGGCGCCGGCCUCGGAGCGUUCGUUCCCGAGGUGUGCUUACCGCGUCGGGCCCGGCCGGAGCCCGUCCGUCGGUCUGUCCGCCUGCCCGCCCAGGACGUGAGGCCCUGCUCGGUGUCGGGCGCGGCGCCAUGGAGGUGGUGGAGGCCGCGGCCGCUCAGUUGGAAACUCUGAAUUUCAGUAGCUCCGGCUUCAGGGUCGGCCCGGGCCCGGCGGAUCCGAGCCCGGCGGGUCCGUGUCCGGACGCCGUCCCCGAGCCCGAGUCCGGGCCGCCGCCCCGCCGCCGCCGGAGAGCCCCCCGGCCGAUCCGGCCGAGGAGGCGCCGCCCUCCAGGGAGCCGCCGCCGGCCGCCGCCGCCGGGAGCCCCGCGUCGCCGCCGGAGCCGCCACGCGUCCUCCCCGGCCCGGACCCCGCACGGCCGGCGCUCGCCCCGCAGCCCCCGGACACCUCGGACUCGGACUCGGACUCAGACAGGUCUGGUGCCUUCGGGUCCGGGGCCCGGGGACGCGGGGUGGAGCGGGGCCCGGGACGGUGGGAGGCGGCGGAGGCCCGGUGCACGUGCCGUCACGUCGCUGGGCCCUUCAGCGGCACUCUCAAGUUUCCCUUCCCUCCGACGUGAAACAGAUUCGGAUAGUUCCAGUUCCUCCUCUUCCUCAUCAUCUUCCUCAUCCUCAUCUUCUUCCUCCUGUGUAUCACUUCCUCCCGUGUUGUCAGAUGGAGACGAUGAUUUACAGGUUGAGAAGGAAAAUAAGAAUUUUCCUCUUAAAACAAAAGAUGAGUUGCUUCUUAAUGAACUACCUUCCGUUGAAGAGCUCACUAUAAUUCUGCCUGAAGAUAUUGAAGUAAAGCCUCUUGGGAUGGUUUCAAGUAUUAUUGAGCAAUUAGUAAUAAUUGAAUCUAUGAGUAAUCUGCCUCCAGUUAAUGAGGAGACUGUUAUUUUUAAAAGUGACCGACAAGCAGCAGGAAAGAUAUUUGAGAUAUUUGGACCAGUUGCACAUCCGUUUUAUGUGUUACGGUUUAAUUCUUCAGAUCACAUUGAGAGUAAAGGCAUUAAAAUAAAGGACAUGAUGUACUUUGCUCCAUCAAUGAAAGACUUCACCCAGUAUAUAUUCACAGAGAAACUUAAACAGGAUAGGGGAUCAGAUGCAUCCUGGAAGAAUGAUCAAGAGCCGCCCCCAGAGGCCUUAGAUUUCAGUGAUGAUGAAAAAGAAAAAGAAGCCAAGCAUCGGAAGAAAUCCCAGACUCAAGGUCGGAAAAAACUUAAAUCUGAACUUGCUGAGCCAGGUGAAGAUUUCUCCGAGGUACAUCAGAAUUGGAAUGCCUACAGCUCUUCCGAGCAUUCAAAGGGCUAUCGCAACCGAGAAUUCACGAGAGGGUUUCCCAGGGGCCGGUACCCUCGACCCAGCCAUGGCAGGCCUCCACCUCAGCAGUUUUAUGCCUCAGACCAUCUGGUGUCUCCAGAGACUUCAGGAUUUCCACCACAGAGACAAGAUAAUCCUUUCAUGCCCCACUAUCCCUUCCCGCCUCCAGCCUUCGACAUGCAUAACUUCUCACUCCCUCCACCUCCACCCCCCUCUGUAAACAUGGGCUGGGCCACACCCAGCAUGACACCUCACCCCUAUCAUGUACCAUACUCUCUGCCUCCUCCUCCUGCACCUCCACCCCUGCCUCCCCCGCCCGCUCCUGGGGAUAGUAAUUCUCACUUUAGACCUUAUUAUUAGAUGUGUGCAUGCAUUUCCAGAGAAAUGUGCAUUAUGCAGAUUAUGUGUUCAGGAUUUUUUUUAAGAAAAAGAUUAUAAAGCUAGAUUUUUGAAAACUAUAAAAUAUUAGAUGAGCUGUAAGUUGAUAUAUAUUUGUAACCUUUGUCACCUAUAUUCAUAUGAAGAUUUCAUCUCACUCUUAGGGGAAAAAUCAAUCAUGUAAUAAUUAAAACUGAAUCAUGCCUUCUGCUACCCUCAACCCCAUGGAAAUAAAUAAAGUAGUGGAGUGGAGUGAGCAUUGUCAUGGAUUAACAUAUGUUAGACACCGGUAGCCUUUUUUGCUAUCAUCUGAAAAUAAGAUGUUGAAGUCCUAUUGAGAGUCUUUAAAAUAAACUAUUUUUUAUGAACUCA